AUGGCCGAAACACAACCUCAACCGAACAUCCCCGCAACCAACGACGUCGUAUCGGCUCCUACAAAGGAGCACCUCGGAACAAGAUGCGGCUAUUGUCUCUGCAAAACCUUCUGGAUUUUUCUGGUCCUCGUUAUCAUUCUCGUUAUGCUUGUGAUUUUGGUCUUAUACAUCAUCAUCACACCCCGCUCCUUCAGAUUCCACGUCACCGACGCCAAGCUCACGCAAUUCGAUUACGCCGCCAACACCACCACCCUCAGCUACAAUCUCGUACUCAACAUCACAGCAAGCAACCCUAACAAGAAGCUCAAGAUCUACUACGACGUCGUUCGGGCCAACGCACUCUACGGCGGCGUUAGGUUUUCCACCAGCAAAGUCAACAUGCCAUGGAAUUCCUACCUUCAGGACAAGAAGAGCACCAACCUUUUCAGCGCGGUUUUCUCGGGACAACAUGUGAUGGUGUUCGAUCGAAACCAGGUUUCUGACUUCAAUGAAGAUAGCAAUGAUGGGGUGUUCCCUAUUGAUAUAAAAAUCAAGUUUCGUAUCAGAUUCAGGCUUGGGGAUUAUAUUUCUGGGCACUUCAAUGCCAGAGCCACGUGCGAGCUCAACGUUCCUUUCACUGAUUCCGAUGGGAAAACGGUGGCUGCGACUGCGUUUGAGUCCACCAAGUGCCAAGUCGAUUUCUGA